ACAGGAAGUAUGCAAACAGCCACGGAACCUCCACGAGGAAGAAGAAGAAAACAGUAUUAUGGUUCAGCUGCGGUCAUAAUAAAGUGUUUAAACCAACAAAGGUUGUUAUAUAAGAGGGCUACUGACCAGGAAGUCAGCCGGACUCUUCAUUCAAAGCUCAGAAGAAAACAGCAGCAGAGAGGACUGUCUCACAGCAUAGGUGGACUCUACACUCAACAUCAUGUCUGGAGAAAAGAGCGCGUGUGCCAAAGGCUUCGUGGAUGGUGCCAUUCACGUGGACGUCAAGGAUUAUUAUGGCAAUUUGGUGAAGAGCACCUCAGACCUGAAGUCCAAUGCUUGUAUCGCUCCAGCCAGGCCCAUUCCUGCCUACAUCCGCCAGGCUUUGAUGAAAGUACAUGCCGAAGUUACAGCCAAGUAUUAUGGCUGUGGUCUUGUGGUGCCAGAGGGCUUGGAGGGCUGCAGGAUACUGGACCUGGGCAGUGGAAGUGGAAGGGACUGUUUCAUGCUGAGUGAUCUGGUUGGUGAGAACGGUCAUAUCACUGGCAUCGACAUGACAGAGGCCCAGCUUGAUGUGGCUCGGGCAUAUGUGGACUAUCAUGCAAAAGAGCUUGGCUACAAGAAGCCCAACGUCUCCUUCGUCCAGGGCUACAUUGAGGCCUUAACAGAGGCUGGUCUGGAAAAGAACUCAUUUGAUAUAAUAAUAUCCAACUGUGUGGUGAACCUCUCUCCUGACAAGAAGAGAGUGCUGGCUGAAGCCUACAAUGUGCUCAAGGACGGUGGCGAGCUGUACUUCAGUGAUGUCUACAGCAGUGGGAGACUGACAGAGGAGAUUAAAAGUCACAAAGUGCUGUGGGGUGAGUGUUUGGGUGGGGCACUCUGGUGGAAGGAUCUGCUGCAGUUAGCUGAAGAAGUGGGCUUCAGUCAACCACGUCUGGUUGCAGCCAGUUUAAUCACAGUGGACAACGGAGAACUGCAGAAAGUGCUGGGCGACUACAAGUUUGUCUCUGCCACAUACCGCCUGUACAAGGUCCCUAAAGGCGACACCAAGUUCUGCCAAGUCAUAUAUAACGGGGACAUUACAGGAGCGGAGGGCUGCUUUGACUUUGACUGUCAUUACAAAUUCAAGGCUGGUGAAGUGGUGGAGGUCGAUGGGGAGCUGGCCAGUAUCCUGACCCAUUCCAGAUUCAAGGAAGACUUCACUUUCAAGCCACCUGGAGGCCCCUGUGAGCCCUGUGCAGUCAAACCUAAGGCCGACAUUGUGGAUCCUUUCCAGCUGGCCUCACAGCUGGCGAAACAGAAUCCAGGUUCAGCCACAGGGGGGUGCUGCAGCACAAAGUCUGCUACUUGCUGCAAGUGAUGGUGGGAAGAGCACUGUGAUCUACAGCCCUGGUAUCUGAUUGUGUAUGCAGGGAAUAGUAAUUCAAGUAUACUGACUUGAUUCAGCUUCACGUCUUCUUGUUUUGUCUUCAGAAACAUUUCAAGUAAUUUAAAUGAAUAUUAACUUGGAUACAUGUGUCUUAUCGAUGUUAUGUGCACUCGAGCAACUCAAUCAUUUCUGCUUUAAAAGCAGAAUAUUUGAUUUAUUAAAAAUGACUGAAUCACAAAUAAUUGUGUUGUCUCAAGGCAAGAUAAGAACUCCAAAAAAUCACAUUUUGUACUUAAUUCUGAACAGUAUUGUUCAUUGUAAGUCAUUUUAGAAGUGUCCUUUUUUCUAAUAGUGUUUAAUCUGAGGUACUUGAAUCACACAUCCCUCUUAUUCCGUCUUCAUUAGGACAUUUUCAAACUUUGCCUUAAUAAAUGACUCCUAUUUUUUCAAUAAGUGUCAAAAUAUACUUUUCCAUGCAGCUUCUUGACAGACUUUGCACUAAUUUGAGCUUUGCUACUGCUCUCUAAUGUAAACAGUAUGUGUUAACUUUGUAAUGAGACAAUAAAUAUAUUUAAUCAGA